CCAACAAGGUUCGUCCGGAAGAUGCUCUUUCUUUUCAUUUGAUUCGUCCGGCAGUGUCAUUCUUGCCAAAACCACAGAACCUGCUCUCGGCCACCCGACAGUAAAAAGCGAAACGUACUGCGGUGUAUCACUUUCCUCGAUCGUCCGAAGAAAGGGGUCGACUUCUGCAACUUUUCUGUUUUCCGGCGAGAGAGAGAGAGAGAGAGAGAGAGAAUGCAUUCAUUCGGUUACCGAGCGAACGCCUUGCUUACUUUUGCAGUGACGAUCCUGGCAGUGAUGUGCACAAUGGCCUCUUUCUCUGACAAUCUCAAUGCCCCCUCUCCCACGGCGGAUGUCCAGGUACUGAACAUAAACUGGUUUCAGAAACAUCCAAACGGUAAUGACGAGGUCAGCUUGACCUUGAAUGUAUCUGCUGAUUUACAAUCAAUGUUUACAUGGAACACAAAACAGGUUUUUGUGUUUUUAGCUGCUGAGUAUGAAACCCCACAGAAUUCCCUGAAUCAAGUUUCACUUUGGGAUGGUAUUAUAGCAUCUAAAGAGCAUGCGAAGUUCUGGAUUCAAACAACAAACGAAUAUCGUUUUACGGAUCAGGGAAGCAAUCUCCGGGGGAAAGAAUUCAACUUAACACUGCAUUGGCAUAUCAUGCCGAAGACCGGGAAGAUGUUUGCUGACAAAAUAGUUAUGACUGGAUACCGCCUGCCAGAGGAAUACAGAUAAUGGGGAUAUUUGUGAGGUUUCUGCAGGGACUUUAUUAUAUGCAGGAUAUAGAAUGUGUAGCUUUAAAAAUAUUAUGAGAAAGAGCAAAGGAAAAUGAAGAUUAGGGAAAUUUUCAGGUCAGGGGGAGGUGAGGAAGGUGAAAAGCUUACUGUUCUGAGUGUAGAAUCAUAUGCUUAUUACAUUGUUUAGCUUAUUUUUGCCUCUCACUAGAUCUGGUCCUUUGUAUGAGAUGAGGACAUGGGGGAAGGGAUGCAAAUCUUAUGUUUGACCUUUACCUCCUACUUAUUUAUUUCCAUUUAAGUGCAUUAGGACCAGUUGAGCGCUAAAUCCAACAAUUAAUAUACAAAAGCAAUCUGGAUCUGUUUUCCUUC